AUGAUACCAAAUGCUUGGUUUUACAGGCUUCGAGAUAUGAACAUCAAACCACUUUCAUCUGCUUACUCUUCUUCAACUUCAAAGCAGCACAACCACCCAAGAAACUCUAUCUGCUACACGCCUACGCUUCAACAACUUUACACUACAAACAUUAUCCACAAUCCUCCUUCUCCAAAACAUCCACUCUACACUCAACCCACUGAGCCAAUUGAUCAUACCCAUCAAGAUUUAUUUCUCUCACCUACCAGCUCUUCAUAUAAGUACCCUUUCUCCGAGUCAACUCGCUCAUUGGACACAACACCACCCUCCACCUCUUGUAGUCGUAAACUGAUUUCUGCUUCAACUAAUGAUAACCUUCAAAAGCUUCCUCCAAUUAUAACUAAACCCACAAAAUCCAGCAUUGACAAAUCAAAGAUGGUUGAGAAGAAUGAAGAAACUUGCAGUAAAAGCUCAGUUUCAAUCAAAACAAUCAAAGAAAACAUCUCCAAGAAAGAAACUGCAGGGGGAAAACCAGUUUCAGAAAUCAAGAUCAGAUCGAAUUCUUCCAAAACACCAGUAUGCAAGAGAAUGGUUGAUGAUAAUAAUGACGACAAAAGACAAAAGAAGCUGUCAAGUAGCUGCUGCAUUGUGAAGUCAUCAUUUGACCCACAGAAGGACAUGAAGGAAUCAAUGCUAGAGAUGAUUCUGGAGAAUAACAUCCGGGAGUCAAAGGAUUUGGAAAAGCUUCUUGCAUGUUACCUGUCCUGGAAUUCAAAUGAGUAUCAUGAUAUGAUCGUCAAGGCGUUUGAGCAAAUCCGGUUGAGUUUUAACUUUAGGAGUCUAGUGCACUAG